AUGGAUCUAACGGACCGUCGUAACCCUUUCAAUAAUCUGGUUUUUCCUCCGCCUCCACCGCCGCCAUCAACUACCUUCACGAGCCCUAUUUUCCCACGAGCAAGCUCUUCCGCCACGAAUUUUCCGAUUAUCGCCGUCGCAGUGAUUGGAAUCUUAGCAACUGCUUUCUUGCUUGUAAGUUACUACGUCUUUGUCAUCAAAUGCUGUCUUAAUUGGCACCAAAUCGACAUCUUCCGUCGCCGCAGAAGAAGCAGUGACCAAAACCCUCUAAUGAUUUACUCUCCUCAUGAGCUAAACCGAGGUCUUGACGAAUCCACCAUUAGAGCAAUCCCAAUCUUCAAAUUCAAGAAGAGAGACGUUGUUGCAGGAGAAGAAGACCAGAAUAAGAGCUCUCAAGAAUGCUCUGUUUGCUUAAACGAGUUUGAAGAAGACGAGAAGCUAAGGAUUAUUCCAAAUUGCUGCCACUUGUUUCACAUUGAUUGCAUCGAUAUUUGGCUUCAGGGAAACUCGAAUUGUCCCUUGUGUAGAACCAGUGUUUCUUGUGACGCAAGUUUCCCGCUUGACCUAAUAUCUGCACCGAGCUCUUCCCCGGAGAAUAAUCCUCCUCCUCUUCCUCGGAGCAGGAGUCUUGACCCCGAUGCGGUUUCAGGAGACGACAAUGACUUUGUUGUGAUCGAGCUUGGGACUAAUAACAGACAUAGUGCGAGAAACAGAGACUUCCUUGUGGGACAAGAAAGGGUUUCCUCGGAUGAGAUAUCGACCAGAAACUCCCCGAAACCGAUCAGUCCUUCGCCUAGAAAAUUCGAUCAUCGCGGGAUGCAUAAUAAAGAGAGAAAAUAUAACAAAGUGACAAGUAAGGGGGACGAAUGUAUCAAUACUCGAGGCAAAUAUGAUCAAUUCGGCGCAAUUCAGCCCAUAAGAAGAUCAAUCUCCAUGGAUUCAUCAGCAGAUCGGCAGCUCUACUUGGCCGUUCAGGAGGCUAUUAGCCGGAGAAAUGGGAAGAUUCCGGUGGCCGGAGAGGGUGGAGGUUGUACGGAAGAUUGUAGCAGUAGUGGUGGUGGUGGUAAUAACAGAGUGAUGAAGAGAUGUUUCUUCUCUUUUGGAAGUAGUAGAGGUUCUAGAAGUUCUUCAAUAUUGCCUGUUUAUUUGGAACCCUAA